AUGUUUCCGCAUUGCAGGAAGGAGGACUUGCUGAAACAUCGCGAGUACCUUAAGAAGAGGAAGCAGAAGAAGCAAGAGAAGAUGAAAGAGUUGGAGAAGGUCAGAGAAACUGACAAGAACAAGUGGUUAUCUUUCAAAAAUAAGGCAAUAAAUAAGAGCAAGAAGGGGGUGACAAAGCAGUCAAUAUUUCGAUCCCCCGAAACUGUGGAUGGACGAGUUGGUGUUGGGACAUGUGGGUUGUCUGGCAAGGGUAUGACCGACUUCAAGGGUGCCAAGAAGUACCAACGCAACGUUCGAAAGGGCAUUCAGAAAACUGGAACUGACAGAUGUUGCGACUGUGAAAGAUGCGGAAGGCGCGGACGAGAAUUUUGGAAGCAGUACAACCAGCAAAUUGAUAAUCUAGGAAGCAUUGAGGAAGCACUGUUGAGUCCAGUUCCGGAAGCUGAACUAAAGCUUACUUUGGCUUUAGCAUUGGGCUCUGAAUCUCGAAUGUUGAUCGACGAGACUUUUCCAAAUCGCUAUCCGACUCGAAGGAUUUUGAAUGAUAAACCCGAAAGAUUUUUCCGAUGUCGAGUCGAGGGCAACGUCGAAUGUCAUGACGAGGUGCUGCGAUUAGCAUCACAGAUGCGCCGAACUGAUGCAAUCCUUUUUGCAAGGUUCCGUGAAAAAUUCUGUCGAGAACGUGUCGGGAAGGGGAAAUCAUUUGUCUUGGUUUUCGUGGAAAAUUCUGUCGAGAACGUGAUGGGAAGAAGAAGUCAUUUGUCUAGGUUUUUGCUCUUCGGGAGAUUUUUAGUGUCGCACAGGCGCCGUGUUAACAGGUUUGAAUUGCACGUUCUAAUGAACGAAUUUCCAUUUGCAGGGUUUGUCUGCGAUUCGAUUGGAGAUCAAACGGACAGCAUUUUCAAUGGGUUUGUCAACGAAUCGAUUGGCGAUCAAACGGACAGCAUUUUCAACGGGUUUGUCAACGAAUCGAUUGGCGAUCAAACGGACAGCAUUUUCAACGAUCGAGUGAAAAUCAUCGAUGCGACAUUUUCGACGGUGCAUGUGAGAUGUGACGUUCGUCCGGGAAUCUUCGAGUUGCUGCUGGGCGACUCCAAGGAUCUUCUCUGA